AUGUCCGCAUAUCAAUCGUUGCUGGAUCGUGUGGGCUCACAAAAGCAUCUGCUCAGAUUCUGGGAUGAGCUGAACGAGGAACAAAGAAACGCUUUGACUGAACAGAUUGAAUCGAUUGAUUUUGCGGCCGUAAAAAAAGCGUUCAAACUUUCCUCGGAUGCUUACACGGCGUCACCGGAAAACCUGACACCAGUUCCUGAUGACCAUCAUCUUGUAUUUGAACGCUUGCCUUACAAUGAGAAGCAAAGAUAUUGGAGGAAAGGUCUGGAAGCUAUAUCACGCGGUGAAGUAGCGGCUAUAGUCCUUGCCGGCGGGCAGGCCAGCCGUCUUGGCUCAUCAUCACCGAAAGGGACUAUUCCUCUUGGUCUCGAUGUCGCUCCAUGUGAUUCUUUACUCGGUAUUCAAGCAUGUAAGAUUGCUCUUCUCGAGAAAAUGGCCAACAAAGAAUUCCCGCAACAUAAAGGGAAAGGAAAAAUCCAGUGGCUCGUAAUGGUUUCAAAGACGACCGAAGCUGCCACACGCGCCCAUUUGGAAAAAGUUGUUGCCGCCAGCGGACUGUCUCCGGAGCAGAUCACCAUUUUUUGCCAAUCUGAGAUCCCAGCGUUCGAUAACGAGGGGAAUCUUUUGCUCUCAAGCAGGCAUUCGAUUGUCACAGCUCCAAAUGGUAAUGGAGGUUUAUACGCUGCCUUGGCACCAUUUUUGCCUGCGAUGAAAACACGAGGAGUGAAAUAUUUUCACGUCUACUGUAUCGAUAAUAUUUUAUGUAAAGUUGCUGAUCCACAUAUGUUAGGAUUUUUCAUAGAACAUGGAGCAGAUGUUGUCACUAAGACGAUACUGAAGCAACCAGGAGAGCUGGUUGGUUCCGUAUGUUUGGAUAAAGGUGUGCCACGAGUCACGGAAUACAGUGAACUUGGCGCUGAACUCGCGGAGCGGAAGGCAGACGAUGGUCGAUUGUUGUUCUGUGCAGGAUCUAUAGCAAAUCAUUUGUAUUCCCUGGAAUUUCUGGAAAGUUUCUGCAACAAUUCCUUCUAUCUACCGUAUCACCGUGCCUCGAAAAAGAUCCCUCAUGUAGCCUCGGAUGGGUCAUUCGUUAAGCCAACGGUCCCGAAUGGAAUCAAACUGGAGCAAUUCGUCUUUGAUGUUUUCGAGCGGAGCAAGAAUUUCUACAUUUGGGAGGUGGAACGUGAGGAUGAGUUCAGUCCGUUGAAAAAUGCGGAUUCGGCUGGUAAGGAUUGUUUGAGCACUUGUAAACGGGACCUGGCAGUUCUCAACAAGAAAUGGCUGAUGAAAGCUGGCGCCAUCGUCGAUAAGGAACCCGUGUACCUGAGUUCUUCAUUGAGUUACGGUGGUGAGGGUCUCGAACGUUUCAAGGAUCAAGUAGUGUCCGGACCGUUGAUACAGUAG